CCAUUACCUUAACUGGCUUCAUCUCUUCAUAGUCUUUGCGUGUCCACUGCCCAAAUCUUCUCCUUCUCUCUCUCUUCCUCCUCUGUUUUUGCUCCAAAUCGAAGCAAACACCCAUCUCUCUCUGUUGAAGAGUUUUCUAUCAUUGACAAAAACAGUCAAAAGCUUGAAAUUAACAAGAAAACGAAGUUGGUUUAAGCAAAUCUUUGGUUUUUUUUAGUAAGCAUUAUUGGGAAUCGCAGGGGAAAGGGAGAUGUCUUUUGUUGGUGUUAUUGUUUCUGAUCAAUGGCUGCACAGUCAAUUCACUCAGGUGGAGCUUCGAACCCUCAAAUCGAAAUUCAUUUCAGUUAAGAGUCAAAAUGGUAAAGUUACAAUUGGAGACUUACCGCCUUUGAUGGCGAAAUUAAAGGCUUUCAAUGAGAUGUUUAAUGAGGAAGAGAUCCGGAAUAUCUUGGCUGAAUCGGGUUCAGAUGUGAAUGAUGAGAUUGAUUUCGAAAGCUUCCUUAAAACAUACUUGAAUCUACAAGCUCUAGCUGCCCCAAAAGUAGGCAGUUCUAAAAGUUCGUCCUCAUUCCUGAAGGCUUCCACAACUACACUUCUUCACACGAUCAGUGAAUCAGAGAAAUCAUCUUAUGUUGCUCAUAUAAACAGCUAUCUAAGAGAUGAUCCAUUCCUAAAGCAAUUUCUUCCAAUAGAUCCAGCUUCAAAUGCUUUGUUUGAUUUGGCAAAGGAUGGAGUUCUUUUAUGUAAGCUGAUCAACGUAGCUGUACCUGGCACCAUAGACGAACGGGCUAUUAACAUGAAACGAGUAAUUAACCCAUGGGAGAGAAAUGAGAAUCACACCCUUUGCCUCAAUUCUGCAAAGGCUAUUGGAUGUACUGUUGUCAAUAUUGGCACUCAAGACCUGGUUGAAGGACGACCUCACCUAGUACUUGGGUUGAUUUCUCAAAUCAUAAAGAUACAACUAUUGGCAGAUCUCAACCUCCGGAAGACCCCUCAGCUCGUGGAACUUGUGGAAGACAGCAAUGAUGUUGAGGAGCUCAUGGGAUUAGCUCCAGAAAAACUCUUACUAAAAUGGAUGAAUUUUCAUCUCAAGAAAGCCGGUUACAAGAAAACUGUGGCAAAUUUUUCUUCUGACUUGAAGGAUGGGGAAGCCUAUGCUUACCUGCUUAAUGUACUUGCACCAGAGCAUUGCAGCCCAGCAACCUUGGAUGUCAAGGAUCCCACUGAGAGAGCUAACUUAGUUCUUGAGCAUGCAGAGAAAAUGGAUUGCAAAAGAUACCUAGAUCCUAAGGACAUAGUUGAAGGCUCAUCCAAUUUAAAUCUUGCUUUUGUUGCACAAAUAUUCCAUCAGAGGAGUGGGUUGUCUACAGACAGCAAGAAGGUAUCCUUUGCAGAGAUGAUGACAGAUGACGAGCUAAUUUCCAGAGAGGAGAGAUGCUUUCGAUUAUGGAUUAAUAGUCUUGGGAUAAACUCUUAUGUCAAUAAUUUGUUUGAAGAUGUAAGAAAUGGAUGGGUACUUCUGGAGGUGUUGGACAAGGUUUCUCCCGGAUCUGUUAAUUGGAAGCACGCAACCAAACCUCCAAUAAAAAUGCCGUUUAGGAAAGUUGAAAACUGCAACCAAGUUGUCAAGAUUGGGAAGCAGUUGAAGCUUUCCCUUGUAAAUGUGGGAGGAAAUGAUUUUGUCCAAGGGAAUAAGAAGCUUAUACUUGCUUUCCUGUGGCAGUUGAUGAGGUUUAAUAUGCUUCAGCUUUUGAAGAACUUGAGAUCACGUUUCCGAGGGAAGGAGAUUACGGAUGCUGAUAUUCUCGCUUGGGCAAACAAAAAAGUUAAAAACACUGGAAGAACAUCUAAAAUGGAGAGUUUUAAGGAUAAGAGCCUUUCAAAUGGAUUAUUCUUUCUCGAGCUUCUCAGUGCUGUGGAGCCAAGGGUUGUUAAUUGGAAUCUUGUCACCAAGGGUGAAAGUGAUGAGGAAAAGAAGUUGAAUGCUACUUAUAUCAUCAGUGUUGCACGGAAACUUGGGUGUUCUAUCUUUCUGUUGCCUGAGGAUAUCAUGGAGGUUAACCAAAAGAUGAUCCUCACUCUCACUGCCAGUAUCAUGUACUGGAGCCUUCAGCAGACAGCGGACGAUAUAGAGUCUCCUGCGAGUACUGUUGCAUCUGAUGCAUCACCUGCAAGAUCUAUGAAUGGCUCUAUGUCCCCCUAUACCGCUGCUUCACCUGAUGCAUCCCCUGCACCUUCAAUUAGUGGAGCAUCAUCGGCUACUCCUGAUGCAUCUCCAGCACCAUCUGUAAACGGAGAUGAUGAAACCCCACUUAUUGCUGAAGUGUCAAAGUUGGAGUUGGCUGCUGACUAUGCACCAUCUGAUACUCCUGAAGUGUCAAAGUUGAAGUUGGCUGCUGACGAUGCACCAUUUGAUGCUACUGAAGUUUCAAAGUUGAAGUUGGCUGCUGAUGAUGCACCAUCUGAUACUGCUGAAGUGUCAAAAGUGGAGUUGGCUGUUGACAACGCACCAUCUGAUACUACUGAAGUGUCAAAAGUGGAGUUGGCUGCUGAGGACGCACCAUCUGAUGCUACUGAAGGGUCAAAAUUGGAGUUGGCUGCUGACAACACCCCAUCUGAUACUACUGAAGUGUCAAAAGUGGAGUUGGCUGCUGAGGACGCACCAUCUGAUGCUACUGAAGGGUCAAAAUUGGAGUUGGCUGCUGACAACACCCCAUCUGAUACUACUGAAGUGUCAAAAUUGGAGUUGGCUGCUGAGGACGCACCAUCUGAUACUACUGAAGGGUCAAAAUUGGAGUUGGUUACUGGCGAUGCACCAUCUGAUACUACUGAAGUGUCAAAGCUGGAGUUGGCUGCUGACGAUGCACCAUCUGAUACGUUAGCAUCUCCAAUGCAGUCUCAAAAUGCAGAGAUACCAUCAGAUGCACCCUCAUCCUCACUACUUGAGGAUACACAACAACAGUACAGCCUCUUCUCAUGAAGUUGAAAAUGAAGGUACAAAACCAGAUAAUGAACAAUAGUUAAACGUUUUUGUCUUUACAGCUACGAGGGACAAAUAAUAAGCUAGGGGGAGAAAGCAAGAAGAACGAACAUAAACGAAGAGAACAUACAUGCGUUUUUAGAUGAAUUAUACUCAGGUGCGAAAUGCUUUUAGAUACAAAUAUAGAUAAAAGUACACAAUGUUAUCAAAUCAGCACGAUAGUACCUCUGGAAGAAUCAACUGUACUAUUUCCAAUUUUGUUUCCUGCUACUUUUAUGUAGUUUUUUUUUUCUCAUCUGAAUGUAAGUAGAAUUUGAUUCAUUAGAUGUAUGGUUUAUAUUUUGAAAAUAUUCUCAGUGAUUCAUAUUUUUAUUUUA